AUGGAGGAGCGUUGGGAUUUCCUAGUACCUUGGUGCGACGUGCUGUACGGGAGAAUACGCUACUAUUUACCCAACGAUGAAGGAAUCUUGUGGGAUACGCAGAGGCGGCUCCUUCACGUUGACCUUCCGACGCGCGGACGUGACCCAGAGGAAGACUACCACUUGGCUCCAGAAGACGAAGCCAAGUUCCAACGAGAGUUCCAGCGCGAACAGGAGGCGCUGGCACUGUUAUCGGUGGUAGCUCACGUCGACUACAACGCGUGGAGGUAUUUGCUCGAGACCCACUGUGGGCUCUACAGCCGAACCAAAGAGCUGAAUUGGUUCAAGCUUGGUCAAAAGUGGGAAUCUAGCUACGGAGAUGAAAUUCUACCGCGUUUCCAGCUGCGGAUGCACGUAAAGGCGACUGCGGGCACCGACAGCGGAUCGUUCAACUCGGACCUGGUUCAGUUCUGUGGACCCAAUUUCCACGACAACCCCAGCGAGGAAUACAUCGAGGCACUGGCGCAAAUUGCGGCUCCGGAUCCCCGUUUUACGGCUGAAAGUGCGGGCGUGGACGUCAAAGUUCCUGUUAGGGUGAGCUGGAGUGGACCAGCUCACCUCUUGAAGGACAUUUGGCGAGCGGAGCAGACGAUUCGAGAUCAGUGGCAAGAGCACGGGAAGAUCCCCCCGGUUCCGCCAGGCUCGUUGAGAUGCACGUUCGAGUUGGAGCCAAUGGAGGCGAAUUUCGGUCAUAUCACGGGUACCGAACUGGCGGAGCUGCUAGAGGCGAUGAUAACGAGCAACGUUCGGUUCUCGCAGUUUUGUCUGCAGGAGAUCAUGGAGCAUGAGCGUGAAGUCGACAAAGCACCAGAGGCGAAGAAAUUCUCGGCGCUGUCCAUCUCGAUUGCCGUGGUUGUCCGAACUCAAGACGACGACCAAGCUAUCGAUCAAGUUGAAGAUGAAGGCGAGGUUUGGGGCAGCAGAUCCCGCGACGACGUGGCGCUGGUCGCCUUCUUCUCCAAGCGAGCUCGGGCGUGCUCCUCUCUGAAGUCGCUGGCGUUAAUGCGGAUCGGAAGCAUUAGUAUAGAAGACAUGGAGGCGUUCACUGCCGUCAUGAACUCCGACCACCCGGAGGAGGAGCUUAUUGAUCGACCCCGUGGACUUCUCAAGCCUCGUGAUGCGACGCUGAAGAGUGGAGCCCCGAUCCUGUGGAGGUUUGAUGAUCAAGGUGAGCCCAACCUGGACUGGGAUCCGAUCACAUUUGAUGCUGCUGUUCAAUUCGUUCGCACCUUCAGCGACGAUGGUACAAGCACGUGGGUGGACGCGAUCAUUCCUGGCCUUGGACGAUGCCAAGUCCUGCGUGAUGAUCUGGAGUUCCAACCUGCUACCAGUGAUUACAAUGGGGAUUUAGAUGGUGGAGUCACGUCGCUACAGAUUGGUUUCGCUGAGAAUGAAAGGGAUCUCUGGGAGGAAUUGGUCAUAUUCCUCGCUACGGUAGGGUCGUCGUUGACGUUCCUGGGUCUGGACUACCAUGAAGACGGGUUGGAGGAUAUUCUUCGACACUGCCCAAAGUUGCAGGAGCUGACGUUUUGCGGUGGAUUUGCCUUCUUCCGCUUUAACUUCAGCGACUACGAGGGGGAAAUCGAUGAAUUUGACUAUGAGUGGCGAGACCUGGAGGAGCUGGCAGAAGCUUUAAGUGACAACACCACUCCACUUGCCAGGUGCUUGCGCCGUAUGCGAGUCAGGUUGGAUAGAAUCUUCGACGGAAGAGAUAAAGACGGUAAACCAGUGUACGAUGUGUGGAUCGAAACGAUUCUAGCGGCAUUCUACGAAAUGCUGCAAGUAAAUCAGCGCCUCGAAUACCUCGACGUGCACCUGCCGCCUUCGUACCACGACUGCAUCGACGAGUUCCGACAGUAUCAUCUCAAGCCCAUCGGUCGUCCACGCGAGCCACUAUCGAGCGAGUGCAAGUUAUCGUUGCUCAGCGUGAUUUCAUCGAGCCAAAAACAGUUGACACCUGGAACUUCAGAUCGUGUCAAAUGGGCGGGGCGUGAAUUUGACCAGUUCUCGUUGUCCAACAUCUUCGAGUAUGCGGCACCCAGUGCACUUCGCCAAGUCUUCGCUCGAAAAGCCUUUGAGGGGGAAUUCCGUAAUCGAUACGAAAAUGGGCUCAUUUAG